CGCGGCCGAGCAGGCCGAGUCGCCAAAGCGCCGUGUGGAAGUCGCAGCCGAUAAAGAGGAAGGUCCGAACAGGUGGAGCGAACUUACACUACGCUAGGACCCAUCACAACACUCCGCGCCGGCAUGGCAGCCGCCGGGCUCGGAACGGAAACCGAAUAAGAACCGGGCAAUCUGCAAGCUGCGGUCUGAUGGCGAUCAGAGCCAUCGACUCGCUGGGCGAGGCGCUCUUCUCCGUGGCGGUGCUCGUCGUGCUGCUCACGCUGCUGGUGUACGCCGACACGCUGCGCCGCGUGCUGACGCGGACGGUGCCGGCCGCCGCCAAGACGCACUCCGCCUUCGUCAUCAGCGUGUACCCGGUGGUGGCGCUGGCCACGCUGUGCGCCGUGAUCGUGCCGCGCGCCCAGCUGCUCGCCGAGGCGGUGACGCAGGGCGUCUUCAUGGCCGCCGUGUACCAGCUGUGGUGCCUGCUGGUCGCGUACUGCGGCGGCGAGGCCGAGCUCAUCCGCAGGGUGAAGCCGGGCUCGCUCAACCCGCGCGUCGGCCCCUGCUGCUGCUGGCCGUGCUGCCUGCUGCCCAUGCUGGCGGUCAACAAGCGCAACGUGUGCCUGCUGCGCGUGCUCGUGCUGCAGCUGCCCGUGGUGCAGGGCCUGCUGUACUUGGCGCUGCUCGUCAUGUGGGCCGAGGAGGAGAGCCUGUACGAGGUCAACUACAUGUACCUGCAGCCCAUCGUCGUCGUGUCCAUCCUCACCGGCAUCUGGGGCCUGCUCAUGACCAUCAAGAUGCUGAGCACGGUGCUGGCCGGCCACCUGGUGCUGGGCAAGUUCGUGGCGCUGCAGGCCGUGCUGCUGCUCGCCAAGUUCCAGGGGCUGGCGGCGCGCGCCCUCGCCUGGUACGACGUGCUGCCCUGCAACCCGCCGCUCACCCCCGCUGUCUACGCCAACCUGAUGUACAACACGGCCAUGCUGGUGGAGAUGCUGCUGCUGGCGCUGUUCGCGAGGGCAUUGUACUCCAAGGACAUCCCGGACCUCACCGACCCCCAGCACGAGCCGCAGGCCACGCAAGUGUGCGUCAUCGAGGUGGCCGGCCAGAAGGGCGAGCUGCCGGGGCUGCCGGCGCCACAGUCCAACAACAACAACUACAACAAGGCUGCCGGCGAGGAGAAGACGUCCUACAAGUUGUGAGGGAGGCCGCUCUCCGCGGGAAAAGACUGCCGUUCGCGCUGCUUCGCUUAGGCGUUCAUUUCGGCCAUGUGUGAUCCAUGUCCGUGGCGCUGGGGGGACGGAUGUCUUCCCUCUGGGCUGCACGGCUGCUACAGUGGGUCACGUCACCCACUGUGCGUUGCCAGUUCCAAUCAAUCAUAAGGGAAUGCCCGUUCCCCAGACGUAUUGCAGUUGCAUUUUUUUUUUUUGUCAACUUGAGUGUACAAUUUUAACUAAGGAUCGACGUGCAUGUGACCAUCUGAGGAGUUACAACUUGCAUCUGUGUCAUUUUAUUUGUGUUGGUUGAUAAGGAAUGUUGUUGUAAGUGUAGUUGUCUAAGCUUUAACUUUAAGUUCAUCACCAUGACCUCAGACAUCAUCGCUCAAACCAUCAUGUUUACCAUUAACAAACCAACUGUGAUAUAAUACAAUGUUUGUCAACA